AUGGCCAUUCUACCUACCAAAGCCUUUCUCUUCCUCGCCCUCCUCGGCGCAAACUUCGUCACGGCUGAACCCAACGAAGCUGCUCCUCAGGCCAACUGCACGACGACCCUCACCCUGACGCAGUCUCGACUCCCUACUCCGCCGUACUGGCCGCAAUGCUCAUGGGACGGCACGCUGAGCAUCUACUCGUCCACGGUUACGGUGGAGAGCUCGAUAGACUGCCAUGGCUGCUCGGACGUUCGAGUCACGGAGGUGCCGAUUGUCCAUUGCCCGGCCAUGAUCAUCACGGCGAGUGAGCAUGUGGCGACGCCGAGCACGUUGCACCGAACAGUUUAUUUGGCAACUCCUACUCCUCGUAUUUGA